UGUCUUAUUAUUCUUGUUCGGCUGGGACGUAGAAGGCAUGUAGACACAAAUCAAAUUAAUCAGUAAUACAUAAAUUAAAGUAAAACAUUUAUAUGAAUAAUGACAAUAGUAGCUGAUGUGCAAAAAAAACUUUACCUAGUUAGGCAUUUCAUCUUCGCAGAGUUUAAUUAAGAGUGCUUAGAAAUGUUAUAAUAAAUGAAUGAUCAUUAUCAUAUUAUCAUUCAUAUCAUAAGACUGUUGUGAGUUCAGGAAUAAACGUAACUUGAUUCCUUUGAGUUACUUGAAAAUAUCAACUGUCGGAGGUUUGGUUUGAAUGCGCCGUCAAGUUAAAAAAGCGGCCGUAAAAAGUCGUGUAUAAGCGCAUCUGGUCGGUAAACUCAUUUUGUCGGGGAACCUCCUACUCGACACAACACCAGGAAACAGUUCCGUUCCUGUAAAACGUCCGGUAGAAACAAGGAAACUCGCGAUUACAAAACCUGACCGCUUCAUACAUUACACGGAAUUGCAUUAGUCGCCGGCUUAACCGUAACGAUGUACUCACUGCGCAGAGAAAACUAGCAACCAGCGAUGUCUCCAGUCAUAACUACCUUAGUUUUGUCCAACAGUCAUUCUUGUUAUUUAUCGAUCCAGCAGGUCUGUCAGAGGUCUUAACUAACGCAAACAUGGCUGAGGAGCCAGCAAGCAAAGGACCGUCAUCCGCCAGUCCGCCUGGGUUUGAAGGUUUUCCCUUCCCGGUACGUCCGCAGGACAGCUCCGGGAAAGGACAUGAGCAAAGUGCGGAGGUCAAAAAGAAGCCGUGUAGAGCCUGUACGGACUUUAAGUCCUGGAUGAAACUGCAGAGCACAGCAGCUGCUGCACAGCAGAAGCACGGUUCAGAAACAGAGCAGCCAGAUCCUCAGUGCCCACUGGACAGAGAGGAGUUGGGACGGAGCACUUGGUCGUUUCUGCACACCAUGGCAGCGUACUAUCCCGAUCAUCCGUCUUCCAUCCAGCAGCAAGACAUGGGGCAGUUAAUCAACCUCUUCUCCAAGUUCUACCCCUGUGAAGAAUGUGCAGAAGAUCUCAGGAGCAGACUGAAGACCAACCGUCCAGAUACGAGCAGCCGCCACGCUCUCUCGCAGUGGCUCUGCCGCCUUCACAACCAAGUCAACGUCCGGCUGGGGAAGCCCGAGUUUGACUGCUCGCUGGUGGAUGAGAGGUGGAAAGACGGCUGGAAGGACGGCUCCUGUGACUGAGCGCGCGUUUGACAGACGUGACGACGGGGCGUCAAGCCUCAGCGGGAGACUUGCAAAGACGCUAAUAUAAAAGAACAGUGAAUGAUCAAUUCUACACCUUUGUUGUUUUAUGUUUAGUUUGUGUGACGUGUAAUUCUAAAAUAAAAAUUAAAAAAAGGAUGAAAGACGUAUUUCAAAUUUUUUUU